AUGCGCCACCGCAAUCAAAGCCGCCACUCACCGUUUCCAUCUUCACCACCUUACGGGGUCAGAUUUCGUGCAAAUCCACGCGAUAGUCUUUCGGCCGUACGCAGAACCCAUUCCAGCCCAAAAUCCAGUAGCCAUGUCGCCACGGAUGACGAGAUGCAUAACGGACUUGAUUGCCGUCCGGUCGACGAUCCCACCACCCUUACCACUUCAUCCAACCACCAACGCCCUCUUCUUAUGACUGUUAAGGCUCACACUCGUAACAUUAAGACGAAGACCCUUGAAACGGUCAACGUCAUGCUGGAUUCAGGAGCCCAAAACAGUUUCAUAAGUAACGCAGCCACUGAGCGCUUAUCCCUCAAACCCUACGACCAUAAGCCAUUGAUUGUCAUCGGGUUCGGAGGAUGA